AUGCUCUCUGGUCCUUGGGCAGAUGAGAAGAAGAAUGUGUAUGAAAAUAUUGCAGACGAGAAUCCUAAAGUGGUAAUGAAGGACGUAAGUCAUCUAUCUGAAGCUCUGGACGACGAUGAUGCGGCUCUGGCUAGGCGUGUAGGCCAUCGAUCUGAGUUUGCUCGUGAGUUCAAAAGCUUUUCAACCAUUUCGUUUGCAUUUGCCAUUAUGGGGCUGGUAUCCUCAAUUGCAACAACAUUUGCUAGUCCAUUCUUACUUGGUGGACCAGCGUCUACUGUCUGGGCAUGGUUCAUUGGCUCUAUCUUUAACAUGACGCUGGGAACGGCGAUUGCAGAGCUUGUUUCAGCAUACCCAUCCUCUGGUGGCCUUUAUUCUGCUAGUGGUCUACUAGUUCCUUAUAAAUACCGUCCCACUGUUGCUUGGAUUACUGGUUGGCUUAAUCUAACGGGUCAAAUUGCAGGUAUCGCAGGCUCCGAGUGGGGUCUGGCUCAAAUGAUUUAUGCUUGGGCUCAUGUAAUAUCUGACAGAAAGUUUUCAGCAUCCAGGAAUGCUACAGUGGGUCUGUACUAUGCCCUUUUAUUUAUUCAUGGUUUGAUUAACAGCCUGGAUUCCAAGACCCUUGCCCGUUUGACGAGUGGAUAUGUUGUGGUGAAUAUUGGUAUCACGUUCGUUAUCAUCAUCACACUCCUUGCCACGACGCCUCUGCAUGAAAUGCACGGUCCCUCGUAUACAUUCGGCACCAUUAUCAACCAAUCUGGCUGGCAGGGCCAAGGUGGAACAGCGCUCUCGUUCUUGUUUGGUCUGUUGUCUGUGCAGUUCGUCAUGACGGACUAUGAUGCCACGGCACACAUCUCGGAAGAAGUGCAUCGAGCCUCUAUCGCUGCACCUGUGGCUAUCACCGUGGCCGUCGCAGGUACUGGAAUAAUUGGCUGGCUGCUCAAUAUCGUACUGGUGAUUACAUCUGGCAACAUAGUACAUCAAAAUGUGGAUGACAUGCCUGGUGGUCUUCCCAUGGCACAAAUCAUGGUGGAUCGAAUGGGUAAGGUCGGCUUUCUUGUCGUGUGGCCAUUCGUGUGCCUUGUGGCAUUUUUUGUCGUCACAACAGCCACACAAGCCAACGCACGUUCCUUUUAUGCGUUCUCUCGGGAUCAUGGUCUGCCAGAUUUUGGAUUCUUUGCUAAAGUGUGGAAACGCACUGGUACAACGGUCAAUGCUGUAUGGCUCGUGAUUUUUCUUUGCAUUUUGUUGGGCCUUUUGGGCUUUAUUUCUCAGGCUGCAAUCAACGCCAUUUUUGCUUUGGCGGCACUAGGUAUGGAUGUUUCGUACCUGAUCCCAAUUGUCUGUCGCCAGAUCUUCCAAGAUCAUCCGGAGGUCAAGUUUGAGCCUGGUCCAUUUACAUUGGGUCGUGGCUGGUUUGGUCGUCUAAUCAAUAUUACGGCUAUUCUGUGGACCAUAUUUGAAUGCACAAUUUUGAGUAUCCCACAAACGCUACCCCUGAAAGCCACUGAAUUUAACUACUCAUGGGUUAUCAUGGUGGGCGUCUUGAUCCUUUCAUUGAUUUGGUAUGUGGCGCAUGCUCAUCGUCAUUAUCACGGUCCUCGGAGCACUAUGCCUCCUGAACUUCUUUCCAGCCUUGAAUCGACAAAUGAAAAACAGGAAAAACAGGACGCUUCGUCCCAUGCACCGGAAUAG